AUGAGUCAAUACGAGCAUGGGUACAUUAUGGGUCCUGCCUGGAUGCUUCGGGCUUUGGGAAUAGAAUUUCCGUUCUUUUGUCCCGUCUUUGGCUUGUUGGGCGUCAAAUGCCGAUUGCAGCCGGAAGCUGCAUGCGACGAUCAUGCUCGAUGCUUGUCGGGUUGGUGCAAGGAUGGAACCUGCUUUGAUCCAUUGGCGGGUGGAGCGUUCUGUGAAGAGAACGAACAGUGUCUCAGUGAAGAGUGCGUCACUCAGAGCUACUUUGACAGAUUCGCUGGAGACUUUAACAAUCGACGGGAACUGCGAGGACCACUCAUUCCGGUCAAAAAGGAUGACGAUGAGCAAGACAAUUUGGCGGCUGCUGGAAACAACGAGACGAGAGUUUGCAUGGUUACCCGACUCCGGUUGGGGUCCUACUGCUUUGGAAACGAAGAGUGUGCAUCUCAGAGAUGCGAAAUCUACGAUUGCUUCUUGGCGCUGGUGACCAAUUGCUGGGAUGUCUGUGUCCCUCAAAGUGGCACGGGACAGGCGGGAGACUUUUGUACCCGCAACGAGCAGUGUGAGAGUAAUAUUUGUGCUUACUCAGGCUUGGUCUCGGAGCUCGAAUGCAAAAGUCCAGAUUUGAAUUAG